UGUGCAAAUUCAGUUCUGAAAUGGGUUACACACAGCUUGUCGUGCAAACGGACGGGGUUUUCGUCCGAUUCCGGCUUUCUUUCUUCUAUUUUUAUCAUGUCGGGCUGAGUCUUCUUCGAGAGCUUUUGUUCCUUGUUCUGCUACUUUCAACAAUGACCGAAGACGAUUAUGAUUUUCUCUACAAGAUCGUUAUUAUUGGGGACUCGGGCGUCGGAAAAUCAAAUCUCUUGUCUCGCUUUACGAGCAACGAGUUUAACUUGGAAUCAAAAAGUACUAUCGGUGUCGAAUUUGCCACCAAGAACCUGAAAAUUGAAGAACACACGAUUAAGGCACAAAUUUGGGACACAAGUGGUCAAGAGAGAUACAGGGCUAUUACAGGAGCUUACUAUCGUGGGGCGGUUGGCGCUCUUCUGGUCUAUGACAUCACACGACAGUCAUCCUUUCAGAAUGUUGAUCAUUGGUUAAAAGAACUCCGUGAACACUGUGAUAAUGAUAUUUCCUUGAUGUUGGUGGGAAACAAGUCUGAUUUGGCAGAUAACCGAGCGGUGAGCACGGAAGAAGCCAAGGAAUACGCUACGGAUCUGGAAAUGUUAUUCUUUGAAACAAGUGCCUUGGAUGCAACCAAUGUGGAUGUCGCUUUCCAAACCAUCUUUCAACGAAUUUACGACAAGAUUCCCAAAACCGUUCAGGGUGACGACACCAACGCCGGAUCGCAGCCUGGAAAGUUGAAUCAAAAUACCAUCAAACUUAAACCACCAACCACUGGCAGAGGCAACGGCGACAAUGAAACCCAGCCUGCACCUGCCGCUGCCUCCAGCGGAUCCUGCUGCUCAUAAAAUCAAUGAUUUUCUUCUUUAUCGUAUCGACCUUGUAUAUCCAUUUUCUCUAUGUUCGUCUGUUUAGUUUUCUAGAUGAUGUCCCAAAAACCUGAUCCAAUGCGUUCAUUGUCCCUUUUUUUCAUUUCGAAUUUAUUCAACAGGCACAGUUUUGAAAAAAAAAAAAAAAAAAAAAAAAAAAAAAAAA